UCCAGUGUCUCAUUAGGGUGAGGCUUAAUGAAGCUUUUGAUAGCAUUUUACAAGUAUUAGCUAAGGAAAUGUUGUGACAUCCCUGUGGGGCUGGUAUUUUUCCCUUACCCUUUUCCAUCCAUACAGGCACCGGGAGAAUGGUGUUGCUUUUGAAAUGAGGUUUCUGAUAAUGCCCAAUCCUUGAGGGCAACCCACGACUGACAUUCCAGCAGCCUGCUCAGCAAAUACUGCCAUUCCCAGAGGUUUGGGAGUGUCAAUGUUAUCCCAUGCCCACGGGACGCGUCCAAUGGAAGUGUGAGAUGAUGUAAAAAGGCGUCUGGGGAUUGGAGCAUCCUUACAGCUGAGUGGCUUUUAGGCCAGCUGAGGUUGUGGAUGUGGUGAAGGUGCUGCCGGUGGCCUGCUCAUAGCGACGUCUGGAGCUUGUGUUUAACAAGUGUGUGUUUCUAGAGGAGAAGGAGAAUCUGAACUAGGGUGAAGGUGGGUUCCACACUGAGCUUUUACCUCAUUUCUUACCUUUAUGGCACUUGGUGGGAGAUUGGAGUCAUAUGUGUUCAAGGCCAGGUUGGAACGGGCUUGGAGCAACCUGCUCUAGCGGCAGGAGCUUGGAACUGGAGAAGCUUUAAGGUCCCUUCCAACACAAACCGUCCCAUGACUCAGUGAUAUGAAAGGAGCGGGGGUGCUGGUACCUGGGACAAGGGAGGGGAAGGGUCAACCCUCCGAAACGCCGACUCCAUGUGGAUGGUGACACAGCAGAUCCUGGAGGGGAGCUGAAAGAUGCCAGUGUUCCCUGCACCGCGGGGGUUGCUUUCACCGGGAGCACCCGCAGCGGCUCCCGUCGGAGCCCUCGUGUUUCACCCGCAUAGCUCAGCACUUGCAUCACGGCAGAAGAGGCGUUGUUGGGCUCGGAGAUUCCUGAGGGCCGAGGACGUUGUGGUUUCUCCAGCGAGGAGUCAUGCUCGGUUCAAAGCAGUCUUGACACCACUGUCAGCUCCAGGGCUUGGUCACUGCGUACCCGGUGGAAGCCUCCGAGCUGCUGGUGCUGCCGCUGACACCAGGAGAAGAUUGAUGCCGAGGUGCUUAUCCGGGCGCUGCUGACCCCAAGCUGCCGGGAAGGAUCCAUGAGCCACGACCUUGGCUAUGGACAUCGUUCUGUCGGAUUUUGUUCGCUCAACGGGGGCAGAGCCGGGACUGGCCAGAGAUCUCCUCGAAGGCAAGAACUGGGAUCUGAGCGCAGCCCUGAGUGACUUUGAGCAGCUGAGGCAAGUGCAUGCAGGCAACCUGCCCCCUUCCUUCAACGAGGGCCGCCCCUAUAAACCCCCUGAGAAGGAGACACCUCGUCCCGGGCGGCCGCCGCUGCAGCGGCAGGAUGACAUCGUGCAAGAGAAGCGCCUGUCCCGAGGCAUCUCUCAUGCCAGCUCCACCAUCGUGUCCCUGGCCCGUUCCCACGUCUCCAGCAACGGCAGCAGUGAACAUCUGCUGGAGAUGCCCAUUUGCACCUUCCAGCUGCCCGACCUCACCGUGUACACCGAGGACUUCCGCAGCUUCAUCGAGCGGGACCUCAUCGAGCAGUCCAUGCUGGUGGCCCUGGAGCAGGCUGGUCGUCUGAACUGGUGGGCGAACGUGGAUCCCAGUUGCCAAAGGCUGCUUCCCUUGGCCACCACCGGGGACGGGAACUGCCUGCUCCACGCCGCCUCCCUGGGAAUGUGGGGUUUCCACGAUAGAGAUCUCAUGCUUCGCAAAUCCCUUUACACCUUGAUGGAUAAAGGCGUGGAAAGGGAAGCCCUGAAGCGGAGGUGGCGUUGGCAGCAAACACAGCAGAAUAAGGAGUCUGGCCUGGUUUACACUGAAGAGGAGUGGCAGAAGGAGUGGAAUGAGCUGAUCAAGCUGGCAUCCAGCGAGCCCCGUGUGCACUAUGGCACCAACGGGAGCGGCUGCGGAGGUGUGGAAAGCUCAGAGGAGCCGGUGUAUGAGAGCCUAGAGGAGUUCCAUGUCUUCGUCCUUGCCCACGUGUUGAAGAGACCCAUCGUGGUGGUGGCAGACACGAUGCUGCGGGAUUCAGGAGGAGAAGCAUUUGCCCCUAUUCCCUUUGGAGGGAUCUAUCUUCCCCUGGAAGUCCCAGCCAACAAAUGCCAUCGUUCUCCGUUGGUACUGGCUUAUGACCAAGCCCAUUUUUCUGCCCUGGUAUCCAUGGAGCAGAAGGAAACCACAAAGGAUCAAGCCGUGAUCCCCCUGACAGACUCCGAGCACAAGCUGCUCCCUGUGCACUUUGCCGUGGAUCCCGGGAAGGAGUGGCAGUGGGGGAAGGACGACAGUGACAAUGUCAAGCUGGCCAGCGUGACGUUAUCCCUGGAGGCAAAGCUGCACUUGCUGCACAGCUACAUGAAUGUUAAAUGGAUCACGUUGCCUUGUGACACGCAGGCACCUUUGGCACAGCCGGAAUCCCCCACGGCCUCCGCCGGUGACGAUGCUCGAUCGGCUGCUGAGUCGGGAGAGUCAGACAAGGAGUCGGUCUGCAGCAGCUCAGCCAGCAACGGGGGCAGCAGAGCUUACAAGGACAAAGAGAAACCAAAGAAAGACCGGGAAAAGGAUAAGGAAAAGGAUAAAAAACGGGCAGACUCGGUUGCCAAUAAGCUGGGCAGCUUUGGGAAGACUUUGGGGAGCAAGCUAAAAAAGAACAUGGGUGGCUUGAUGCACAGCAAAACUAUCAAGGGAGGUGUGAGCAACGGGCAGGGAGAUACCUUGGAGAAGAAGAAGAAAGGUUCCUUGAAGGCAAGGAAAGGCAGCAAAGAGGAAUCUUCCCAAGGAGACUUGUCAGCUCCUGUGGAGAAAACCUGCCCAGGCAAAGCAGUCCCGGAAAAGCCAUCGGAUCCCUACAAGUACAGCAACGACGUGAGGCUGAGCCUGAGCAUCCUGCGGGCUGCCAUGCAGGGAGAGCGCAAGUUCAUCUUUGCCGGCCACCUCAAGACCAGCAACCGGCACCAGUACCAGGAGGAGAUGAUCCAGAGGUACCUUCUGGAUGCUGAGGAACGCUUUAUGGCCGAGCAGAAGCAAAAGGAGGCAGAGAAGAAGGCGCUGGGCAGCGCUGCCCCUGCCAAGAAGCUGGAGCCGGAGGUGAACACCCAUAAGGGUGAGGAAGCGAUGCUCAACCCUGCUUACCCCCAGCCUCCCCCUGCAUACACCAUCCAGACCCCGGAGGUGGCCAUAGGUGCUAAAAUAGCAGCUUUUCCCUCUGGUUAUUCGGGAGUUUUCACCUUUCCCAGACCUUCCAUGGUCAACAGCAUGGAAGGGUCGCAUCCCCCCAGCUACCAAGACAGCAGGCAGCAGGUAGCGGGGGGGUCCUGCACCAACCUCCCUCCCUACGCCACCUUACCCAGGCACUGCCCCCAGGCCCGGCCAAAUCCCUACCAAACCAGCCCUUCCCACCUCAGGAGGUUCUCCCCCACGGACAUGGACAUCCAUCCCACCUACCCACCGGAGUGCAACGGCUCAGCCUGCCUCCCCCCGCACAGCAACGGCUACCGGGAAUACCUGGAGCAGGACAGCUCGCAGAGAGGAACCCCGGCAGACAGAGCUAAAAGCAGAGUCCUUUAUAACGUGCAGCAGACCAAAUGCAAGCAGCCGAACUGCAGUUUUUAUGGACAUCCAGAAACUGGGAAUUUCUGCUCCUGCUGUUACAAAGAGGAGCUGAAACGCAAGGAGCGGGAGGCUCUGGUGCACAGGUUCUGAGCGCUCUGCCCCGGCGCUGAUCUUGGGACCCAUAAAAGAUGGGGAAUGCAAUAAUAUAUAUAUAUAUAUAUUAUGUUUUUUAACACACACACACACCCCCUGCUCCUCUCCCUCUCUGUGGAAGGAGGGAGCAGGGAUUUGGUUGGUUGGGAUGAGAAAUGGCAUUUGGCUGGUGUGAUGGAAGUGAUGCAGGAGGGAGAGGGGGUGAGGAAAACCAGCCUCCCCUCCCGGACACCCUGCAAGGAGGAGGAGGAGGAAGCUUUUCCAGAGGCUUCUCCUGGCGUUUGGGAAGGGAACACAGGGUGGAAGUUGGGGGGGAUCCUUCAAUAAACCAGACCAAAGCUUUGGGAGCACAGGGAGCAGCGGCCCACCGGGUCCUUCCGCCGGCCUCAGAUGUCACUCACUGCCCAGAACCCAGCAGAAACACCCCCAGAAUUCCACUUUGAACGUCACAAACCUUGGAAUUGUGACAUUUGAAUUCCAGCCAUUUUCCGUUUGUGUUUCUUUUUGCUGGUACUGAGCAAAACGUGGUUGGAAUCGGACAUUGUUGGGUUUGGUUCUUCAGUUGAACUCACCCGAGCCCGGCCCCAUCGGAUGUCUCUGAGCAUCCCUUAGAGCGGGCUCAGGGCUCUGCCCUUCCAACGGGCUCAACUUUGGGUUUAAAAGGUUCUUUUUCAACUCUUUCUUGGGGUGGGAGGGGGACAGAGGGGGUGCUCACAGUGCUCGAGUGGUUUUGAGUUUCUUUUCCCUGCAGAAGUACUGUGCAAAGCCGUUGUGUCCGCGGUACGGCCGCCCCAGCUUAGGAGUGAGACAAGAACCAAGGUCAGUGUCUCCAGCCAGCAAUAACCAUCGGUGUGGGGAAGUGGGAGAGGACAAGGAGCAUCCCGGAGCACCGGGAGGUAAAUCCACAAGUGUCCAUGGACACAAACCCCUGCGAUAACUCUUUCUACUUGAGCUACUUCUGUACUACCUCUGUUCUGCUGAAUCGAAUUAACUCGGCUCCAUUUUGCUGAGCCACGAUAACUGACCUUAGGCUGAGGAAUAUUAAAGGAUAUUUUUGAUAAUAGGGCUAAAAA